ACUGUCUGUUUGGGAUCUGAAACAAGGAUGAAUACCAUUGCACUUGCGUAUGUAUUAUUAGGCGCGAGUCUGGUUCAUUUUAGCAUUGAGUUCAUGCUAGACGGUCAAUCAGGAAAUAUUCAAGAAGUUACACAUGAACUUCUGAAACUGCAGACAGAUGUGGCCAUUCUGAAAGACAUGGUUGCAAAUUUACAACAAUCGUGUCCUUCAUGUGCAGUAGCAAAAAGUCAUCCUGCCCCAGCGUUUAUGGCUACUUUGACCAAUUCCCUUGCAUGUUCUGCCGAUGCCCCGCUCGUUUUCGACAGGGUAGUACUAGAUACCCGAAUGUCGUACGAUGUCCGACACGGAACCUUUCGUUCAUCGGUAAACGGUACGUAUGUGUUUAGCGCAACCUUGUCGGGUCAUCCGGGUGAAACAUUACACGUUAAGAUGGUAAAAAACAAGCUGAAUAAUGAAAUCGGUUACAUCUACAAACACGACUCCCAGACAGGAUGGACACAAAGUACGACUGUGGUAGUUGUCCAGCUCUCUAACGGCGAUGAUGUUUGGUUGGCUUGUUUUUCAGCGGGCAAUAUUGCUGGUAGUAACGGCAUUGGUCAGGCAUUCGAAUAUCAUUCGCAUUUUUCUGGGUUUCUGAUCGAUGCUUUUUAAAUAAAGAGUACGAGUAUGGCAUUGCACUGUACAAAGGACUAACACUCAUUAAGAUUUUAGAAAGGCUUAGCCGUCAUGUAUUCGCGCAUAAAUAUGUAACGAUUGAAUGACCUGACACAACUUUGUUGUCAUGUUUAGAACAUUGACGAUUUUUGAAAUCUGAUAAAAUUGUUUGUCGCAGUUAGUAUUUAUUUAUUGAACUGUAUGUUAGAAUGGUUAUUUUGUGUGUGUACCAGGUAAUACAAAAUACAAUAUUUUAUGUUAAUUCAAAUUCAUGGAAAUACCAAAUAAUAUAUUUUAUCAACAUAUCUCGUAUAUUGUAAACGAUCAUCUAUUUCAAAAUAUGUUGAACAUGGCAUCGGUUUCGAAGUGUCAACAACCUAUGUUUACAAUCUUACAAAUGACAAAAGUGUUUAUGUUAAAUAUUGAUAUAUGUUUCUACGUUUACGAAUGAACGCGUACAAACGAAUCUUUCAUAGCGCAAUAUCGAGGUACAAUUAUAUAUGAUCGCAUUGUCAAUCGGUAGAUUUGGAAAUACAUUUUGACCAAUAUACUGCAUGGUUUUCAUACCGUUAUCUCGGUGUGUUUUACGAUAUUUGCCCAAGACGGUACAGUAAACAACGUUUCUGUAAACUAGAAUACUACCGACGAUUGAAUUAAAGCCUCUUUAACAAUCAAACUGAACGAAACUUUCGUAAAGUAUUUCGUAAAAUAAAGUUUACACCUAAACAAUCAGUGUUCCGUAUAGCAAUAGCCACACUUUCAACGCUUGAUGUGGUAUUGUUACAUAGAUUUUUGUAGAUACAAAAUGAUUGUUUUUAUUUAUUUGUGACACAAUUAAUUCCAUUUUAAUUUCCCGCGAAUAUAUCUAUUCAUACGACACAGGGACACUUAAUGGUACCAUGUUAGUAUUCCUGUGUCGUUUCAAUAGAUAUGAUUGCGGGAAAUUAUAAUGGAAAUAAAUAUGCAAAACAUAUGCGUUGAAAUUUAGGCUAUUUUCAUAAGGAACACGGAUUUUUAAUUGUUUAACUUUAUUUUAUGAAAUAUUGUUCGAAUAUUUCGUUGAUUUUGAGUAGUAAUGGGGCUUUAAAUAACGAAUGCUUGUAAAAUGAAGUAAUAGUUACGUCCUGCAGUUCUUUUUAAUUGCUGCCGAACAUUCUUCUUUAGAAUGACAAAUGCCUGUCACAAUGUAUAAAUCAAGAUGGUGAUCGAAUGUAUGAAAUCCCUGUCUGAUAAUGAUUGUUUUUCCCAGUAAUACUUAAUAGAUUCGUUCGCUUAUUAUAUUUUGGCCGUGCUCUGUGAAAAAGGGGUUUAAUGCAUGUGCGUAAAUUAUCGUACCAUAUAAGGCUGUGCGGACUGCACAAGGACACUUUCGCCUAAACUGUAUUUAUUUUGCUAAGAAGAAACUUUCUUGAAACGUAAAUAUCUUAAAAGCGGAAAGUGUCGUCUCUGAUAAGCCCGUGCAAUUGGCAAAUGCUUAUCUAGUACGUCUCUUUACGCACACGCAUGAAACCGCUUUUUCACGGAGCAUGGCCGAUUUUUAGUUUUUGUAUUUGUGAGUGUAAUAUAUUGUAUAGUAUAUGUUAAUAUCAUCCAUAACACACUUUUUAAACUUUGACCAUAAACUUCGAAUAAAUGACAAGUAAUAGUCCAAA